UGGAAUGCCAUCGACAUGUGUCGAGCGUAUAGCGGCGGCACGUUAAAAAUAACUAUUGUGAUCUGCUGCACUCUGCGCCCCGCCUCAGAAAGGCUAUACUGGACCACCACAUGCCCUUCUCCCCCCUACAGCUUCGACACACAACACACAUCUCCGCUUCAUGCACCACGCUCGAACAGCUUCGUUCGAUCUUCUCAUAUCCCCAGCUCAUCGCAUGCCACGUACAAGCCGGCUGGCUUGCGAGACUCCUACGAGGACAUACUACAAGCGAACCUAUUAUUCAUCAAGACCCUCCGCUGUCUUCGCAUUUCAUUCCCCCCCCAUGUCCUUCGCUUGCCAGCAUUGGACAUACUCGACAUCAGGUCCAUGCCUUCGAAGCGCCUCGCGAUGUCAUUUUCAUUUCUUUCCUCGAUCAGUCAAAAUGCCAUCUCACGUCCCUUCCGGCCGGCAGCAUGCAUAGGCGUAAGCGUAAGUUGCAUUUGAUCAGACCAAUCCUUGCGCACCAAAGCUUAAAAGCUUAUCGUUACGAUACUUGGAUGUCACUCUUGAUUUUUGACUUGACACUAUUACCUUCGAGUUCCGUGACGCAUUUUGUCGUACAACAAGGAGGCUAGUUCCACAUCUCUGCGAAGUACAACGUUGAGUGUCGGUUGUAGACCAUUACUGUCAUGGCUGAUGACCACGUUCUUUCUACCUAUUAGUAUCACUCUGCAUUUUCCCUCUAUUACUCUGCUGUUGCCCCAUGGCCUUGCGUGAGGUUCUGCAUCGUCUCCGUAUUUGUUUGAUCAUCGAAUGGAGGAGCGUUCC